GCCAUACAAGAAGAAUGGGCAAAGAUACCUUUAGAGGUCUUACGCAAUCUAAUUUUAAGCAUGCCUAACCGAGUCAAAGCUAUCUAUAAAGCUAAAGGCUAUAAAAAUAAAAAAUUAAGGUUAAAAGAUUGGUGA